AUGGCUGUGCGUUUAGUUGCUAUUAUGGAUCAAAUAGGGCAGUGUUUAUCAAAAAAUAUAGCAGCUGCUGCACUUUUUGUUGAUUUUCGCACCGCGUUUAACCAACUGUGGUUCAACGGACUAUGGGUGAAACUAACCAAUAUGCAAUGUCCAUUAUAUUUAAUCGCCUGGCUUCGUCAUUAUUUAAGACACAGAAAAGCCUAUAUCGAUAUUAAAAACACGUCAUCUGCCUUGUUCAACCUUUCAAAAGGGGUUCCACAAGGCAGUUGUAUUGGUCCGGUGUUAUUCAUAAUAUAUCAUCAUGAUAUUCUUCAAGAAUUAUCAUCUAUUCAUUGGAAACAUUUAUUUGCCGACGAUCUUGCCAUUUUAUUCUCACUAUCGCCAUCAAUGUCUUCAUCAAAUAUGAUAAAUGCAUUAGCUAAUCAAAUAAAACAUGUACUUCUUCAUCUGAUAAACUAUUCAAUCAAGUGGAAACAGCCAAUAAACUUUAGUAAAAUAUGUUGGAUUCUCUUUAAUCGUCAAGUUGUUCCACAAAUUCCAAAUAUUAUAUGCAAUGGUCACAAUAUCGAACACGUUAAAAAAUUUAAAUAUUUGGGUACUAUAUUAGAUGCUAAAUUAUCUUUUACAGCACAUAUAGACUACAUCAAAACAAAAAUUCGUACCAAUAUGAACGUAUUCAAACGAUUAAAUUCAAGUCGUAUGAUGAGUGAACAAGUAAAUUAUCGGCUGUACAAUGCAUUUAUCAGACUAUAUCUUCAAUCAAUACUCAACAUUUAUCCUAUCCUUACUCCAUCAAAACAGAAUCAACUGGAAGGUCUGAAUCGAAAAAUAUUCAGAGUAAUACAUCAAUGGUUUGAUGCAAGAAAUAUCGAAAUCGAAAAUCUACCCAAAUAUCAAUCUAUUUCGAAAUUAACAUUCAAACAUUGGGAUAAAUUAAUUCAUACAAUUCUAGUAACAAAUCCUAGCAUUGUUGAAGAUAUCUUACAACACAAAUUAUCGAUCCUAUACCUUCGUGAAUAUCUUUCUAAUCCAACAUUAGCUACUGAAAGAAGAAAAAUAUUUGGCAGAGGAAGAAUCCGUAAAAAUAUUCGUAAAAGGCUAUCCGAAGAUCGUCCAUCUCUGUUCGAUUUUAUUUUAUGUUAUCAUCGAUGA